UCUGUCUUGUUUGUCACAGAUCCCAGCAUGGUGAGCGCCUACAUGUACCCAGCGGGGGCCACUGGGGCACAGGCAGCCCCCCAGGCUGGGCCCACUGCCAGCCCUGCGUACUCGUCCUACCAGCCCACUCCCACACCAGGCUACCAGAAUGUGGCCUCCCAGGCCCCACAGAGCCUCCCGGCCAUCCCCCAGCCUCCACAGUCUGGCACCGUGGGCUACAUGGGGAGCCAGUCGGUCUCCAUGGGCUACCAGCCUUACAACAUGCAGAAUCUCAUGACCACUCUCCCCAGCCAAGACGCAUCUCUGCCACCCCAGCAGCCCUACCUCGCGGGACAGCAGCCCAUGUACCAGCAGAUGGCACCCUCUGGUGGCCCUCCCCAGCAGCAGCCCCCUGUGGCCCAGCAGACACCCGUGCAGGGGCCAACAGCACAGGGCAGUGAAGCCCAGCUCAUCUCGUUUGACUGACCCCGAGCCGCAAGCUCACCGUCCAGAGUAACACUACAGUUCAUCCAAAACCGCCUCCAUCUCUUAAUUAGCUGGCAUCCCUCCCUCUGCCUCCCUCUCACUGCCCUGUAGUGUUCCUUCUCUGUGCGAGUAGGGGGUGGCCUUCUCUCUGAGCCUUCCUCCCUUUCUGUCCUCAGCCCGCUGGCUCCUACGCUCCCUGCUGUGGUCCCUGACUUCUUUCCCCAGGGCUGGGCCUUGGGGAGGAAGGGUGGGAGGGAAAGAGCUUCCAGGGGAAGCCCCCAGCCCCUUGUGUCAAGUCUUGGGAAGGGUGGCUGGAGUGGGGACCCUCGGCCCCGUCACAGCCUGUGCCCUGCCAUCGCACUAUGGUGUCCAGGCACGGCUCCCCAGGCUCCCCCUGCAGGGUCCUCUCUAGAGCUGAGGGUGGAGGCUUCAGGCGUCUCUAGCUUCUCUGCUUCUCAUCCGUCAUCUCUCCCCCGCCGAUAAUAAAAUGCAAUUCAAAAGGUA